AAAAGUAUUGUUUGAAACUUUGAAAAGCGCGCUGCACGAUCUCAAUCCAACUUGGGAAGUGACGUGGAGGCCUGCCUUUGCAAACACAUUCCAGUAAAUUCUCUUUGUUUGUACAUCAGAGUUGUCUCCCGAAUUAAUCUAUGCAUAGAAAAUAAGAAAAGUAAAUAGCAGAAAGAGUACCUUCUACCCUCAAAAUACCCUGGAUUUUUACUAUACUGAGAGUUUAUUAUUUGUUUUUUGCCUUUUCCAAACUUUACUUCCACUGCAUCCUACUCAUUUACCAAAUGUAGGAAAGUAGAGAUAAGCUAACACCACCACCAAUUUUCUGCUUCGAAGACCUCCUGAUCUGACUUUUCACAAAAGGAAAAACUAAAGGGAAUUUACACAUCCUACAUAAAUAAGGUUAUUUGAAUGCUGUAUCCAGGUAUGUCCGAGUGACUAUAAGAAGGAAAGACCGUCUUGCCCUGCCGGAGCACACCGGAAGCUGCUCCCCAGCGCACGGCUGAAGAUUGGCAUCACUUUAUGUGGGAGACUUGGAUGUGGGGAUUGUGGAUCGUUGCUGUUUUAGCUCUUGUUCCUUUUAUAUUUUAUCACUAUAGACUAAGAUUGUGUGGAGAGGCUCUUAAUCCGCCAAUCCGUUUGCCUCACUCUGUUCUCUUCGCCCAGUCUAUUCCUCCGCCAGAGCUGAUCACGUGGCAGGAAUUUCUCAAGGAAGGAAGAAACCCUUGCUAAGUCACACCGGAAGCUGACUUUCUACGCACGGGGGAAAAAGAUUGGAUGAAGAAGUUUUUUUAUUUCUUUCUUUACUGUGUAUUCACUUUCUUUUGCUAAUUGUAUGUGUUGGUUUUGCCAUUGUAAGUGUGGAUGCUGUUGCUGUGCACAUUGUAUUGAUUGUGUUAUUUGCAUACAUUGUAAUGACAAGUGUGAUAUAGUGGUCAUAGAAGACGUGCUCUCUCACUAUUUGGUAAUUUGUGCAGGGGAACCUUCUUAUUAUACUCUUAAACCCAGCCCUACAAUACAGGCUGUACUGCGAGAUGCCAGAAGAGUGGAACUGGAAAGGCGGGAAGCAGAUGAGUAUGCUUGUAAAAUAUGGAGUCAGGAUAAAUAUAGCUGGAAGGUUUGGGGCUGAAUGGGUAGGGCUGAGCCUAUUGCUGAUAGGGGUUCAGAGCAAUUUGGUAUGUGUUAGUAACUUGGGUUUGUGGAGUAAUCCGGAAGAUCAACCAAGCAUAAUUAAAUCAUAUGACAUUGGCAGCGGGACCUGUGAUGGAACACCACCUAUUGCGUUCACCCCGGAUUGCUGGAAUGGUGUUCUACCGCAUCCCUGUACGACUCCUAGGAUAUUUGAUAAGAUAGCAAUGAUUGCUUGUCAAGCCCGAGAUUACUCAAAUCCGAAAGCAUGUCAGUAUGUGGGUUAUGUCUUGCGUAAAGGAAUUUGUGUUACGGCCCCUUUCAAAGGGGGGAGUUCCUCCUUAACCCUAGACUGUGGACCCCCUAGAUAUUGGGGAUGGGAACGUGUCCUAUCCCCUACUCAAUUAAAACCGGGAUGGCAGGGGACCUGUAUAUUGAAAAUAGAACCCUUUGAAUUUGGAGCAACAAGAACAAGACAGGGAAAAGGGAAAAUGAGAAAAGCCAGGGGGCUCGAGGACCAUGUGGGAAGAGGACCAUGUGUGCCGUGUCUCAGUGAGGAUGGCACAGCCAUCCGAAUGAGAUCAGGAAUACCAAACUCCUGUGAAUGGUUUGAUUUAACCACAUGUGUUUUUGGCUCCGAUCGCCCAAUGGUUGUUUACCGAUGUAAUGGGACGGAAGGGGUACUUUGUUACGACCCAAGACGGAGAGGUAUGUCAUUAGAGGAAGCGCUCAAAAACCGAGGUAAGAGGAUAACCACCACCCUAACACCUGCAUUGCACACACGAUCAGCCUCACCUAGUACAACUGCAAUGGUUCCAGUAAUAGCGUCACCAGUAGUAAAACCACGGGGUACAAUAAAGACCAUAGAUAAGGAACAAUGUAACCCUUGUAUAAAGACUACAAUCCAAGGCACCUUAAUUUCUAAAACUUUAGUCUAUCAUACUUACAAACCUGACGGAUGUACACCAUAUACACCACCCACCUGUCAGGUCAAAACCACAGUAUAUCAUAUGUGUGUCUUAAAUGGCAAGGUGCAAUGUUAUAAUCCCACUGAGGCUAAAGUAAUUACCACAUAUGAAAUGUCAAUAUAUACUACUGAGUGUGGAAGGGAAGAAUUGUUAAACAAAACAGAGUUCCGGUCCUUGGGAAGGCAGGUUGAGUUAUCCUUUGAUGCUUGCAUGGCCAUUAAUCGUAAUUGUGAUGUGUGGAAAUCAACAUGUGGGACAUUAGAAUGGGAAAGAAGUUAUAUGUUGGACAAAAAGUACAUGUGCCGAAAGCAGGGAGAAUGCAUUGAUCGGGACACAUAUAGUUAUUGUCCAUAUUGGGCUUGUGCAGUAAUGUGGACAGGAGGUCAGCCAGGGGGCUCCCAAAGAUGCAAGCUGGAAAAUGGGGUAGCUAGAAGUAACUGUCAACGGAACCAAUGUAAUCCGAUAAAGAUUACAUGUACCCCAACAAAAUUAUGGAAGGAGGACUAUGGAUUAGGAAUCUAUGCGAAGGGAAAGGAUCCUCUUGUAACCCUUCGAUGGUAUGUCACUAAAACUACUAGAAAAUUACAGGAUACAAAAGGACUAUUUUGGUCAUUUUAUUUAGAAAUGGAAAAACUCAACAUCCCUGAGAUCCCUAAAUAUGUAACUAAUACUUUUGUUAAGUUGGCUGAGGAUAUAGCACACACUCUAAAUGUAUCUAACUGUUUUGUUUGUGGGGGAACCAAUAUGGGAGAAAAGUGGCCAUGGGAGGCUCAGGAGUUAAAUUAUUCAAAGGUAUUAGAAAUGGAUCAGAAAGGUAAUUUGUCAUACACUAAGGGGAAGGAUGGAGAUUGGACACUUACCACUAAUUUGGUAGGUAAUGUAUGCUUUAAACGCAAGAUUAUAAAAGGAUGCAAAGAAGUUGGAAAUUUAAUAUGCAUCGGAAAGUGGGAAAGCAAAGUAUGGUGGUCGGGCAAUAAUGCAACAGAGGGUAUUGAUGAGCAAGCCCUAUUUAACAUUGAAGGCUUGGCAUUUUUGAAUGAUCCGGAUAAUCAGACCCUCGGAUGGCUAGCGCCCGAUGGACUAUAUUGGAUUUGUGGAAAGAUGGCAUACGGAUAUCUACCUAAGAAUUGGUGCGGAGCAUGUGUGUUAGGAAUAAUCAGACCGGGUUCUUUCUCUUACCUUUGAAGACUAGGCAGGUUCUGGGUGUCCCUGUGUAUGAUGAAGUGGGAAAUCUGAAUAGACAAAAGAGGCAUGUGGAUACAUCUCUCAUAGGAAAGGUAAAAGUUGGUGGUAAUCAACCCACAUGGGGAGAGGAAGAAUGGCCUGCGGAACGAAUUAUACAGGUUUAUGGACCAGCAACCUGGGCAGAGGAUGGUUUGUAUGGCUAUCGAACACCUAUAUAUAUAUUGAAUAGGUUGAUUCGUUUACAGGCUGUGGUUGAAAUAAUUACCAACGAGACAGUAAAAGGCCUAACCCAAUUAGCUAGGGAAAGUGUGAAGUCAAGAACUUAUAUUAUGCAAAAUAGACUGGCUUUAGAUUAUUUGCUUGCUAAGGAGGGUGGAGUGUGUGGAAAAUUUAAUCUAACCAAUUGUUGUAUUGAAAUAGAUGAAAGUGGUAAGGUCAUAAAAGAAAUCACAGAUAAGAUGGUUAAGAUAGCUCAUGUACCUGUACAAACUUGGAAAGGAUUAAACCUGAGAGAUAUGUUUUCCGGGUGGUGGCCAAAACUACCUGGAUUGCAAGCAAUUGUAGGGUUAAUUGGACUAAUAGCUGCAGGUUGUGUUAUACUCCCAUGUAUUUUACCCCCAUUUUGUCAAAACUAUUUCUAACAGUCUGUCCUUAUUGGUGGAGAGACGGGCGACAGCUCAAGUAAUGGCCAUGUGGGCUUAUCAAGAACUCCAACCUGGAGGGGAACCUGAGUACGUGACUCUUCUGGAUAUGUCAGAUGAGUCACGAAGGGGGGAGUGAAGAGGUUAAAUCUAAGGUACAUAAACAUUCUUUGGUCCAAACCCAAAAGCCUCAAUAAAUAGGCCUGAAACCUUGGUCAAGGUUAAAUAUUUUCUUUAUGCCAGUAAGGAGUUGCUGAGAUGACAGAGGGUAUUUUUAUCUGAAAAGAGCAGACUGACCCAGACAGAUGCAUCCUGUUGCUGACUUCUGCAUUUCACCCCAAAUGUCAUGUAUAACGUGUGCUAUGUAUAAUUAUACCCCAAUAUGUUCAUGUGACUUCCUUUUUGUUGUUAUCUAUUACUAAAUGUCUGGACUAGACAUCUUUCGUUUCCUCUAAGACCAAAUAUGUCUUAAUGCAACCUAGACAAUGUAUACGUAGUCUAAAAGUAUAAAAGCAACACCUCUGUCCACCCUUCGGGGUUCAGACAAUUUGCUGUGUUAACUGCUGUUUGAACCUUAUGCAUAAUAAACCUUUCCUGCGUUGAA